AUGGUUCGAACAGUACUGUGUGCAGUUACUAGUCGUACAGUUGAGCAUAUUGUUGAUAUAAGCAAAAUUCGUUCUCAGUUAAAUGAACAAUUGCGAUGUUUAGAAACUCGGUCUGAAGUGCAGGCUUCAAUUUUAUUGGAACUAAAUGAUUAUUAUCGAAGAAAAGCAGAACUAGAUGGAGAAUACGGGAAACAACUCGAAAAGCUUGCCAGGAACAUCAUGCAAAAACACAAGAAUGAGCGUUAUAAGCGUGAUUCUUGGUCCUUGUAUUCAACUUGUGGCAUAUGGCAGCAACUUGUUGAUCAGACAAAAGAAGAAGCUAAGCAAAAAAUGGCUUUGGCUGAUUUAUAUGCAGCUCGGCUAACUGUACUGAUUGCUCAAAGAGCAGAUGAUUUGCAGCGUAUUUCACGUAAAUGUCGCGAAAUAGGAGCUCUUGCGCAUGGUGAAAUAUUUCGGGUUUUAAAUGAAUUGCAUACUGCUAUGAAAACAUAUCAGCUCUGUUUUCUUGAGUGUUCAUCUAUUGAAAAUAAGUUCCAUCAAGUGCAAGAAAAUAAAGUUAGAUAUGAAGAAAAUAACCCAACAAAGCUUGGUGUUACACGCAAGCACAGAUCUCUGGCAAAACUGUAUAAUAAGAGGCUAGAAAAAUACAAUACAGUGAAAGUUAAGUGUUUGAAGGCUAGAAACGAAUAUUUACUUUGUGUUCAAGCAGCUAAUGCUGCUUUACACAAAUAUUUCGCCGAUGAUAUCUCAGACCUUAUUGAUUGCAUGGAUCUUGGCAUGGAUCAGUGGUUGCGAGGGCUCAUUACCUCUACAGUUUCAGCACGGAAGGAUAUAUGCCAAAAAGAAAUGGACAUGUUAGCUGAACUCUGUGGAUUAAAAGAGUCACUGGAUUUAAAGGCAGAUAAGCAACGAUUUAUUGAAGCAAAUAACGCAACUUUCAUGCUUCCAAAACGAUUUGAAUUUCGAGGACAAGUUGGUGACAUAGUAUCUACAGUAAGUGCAGCAAACGGUGUCUCUGAAGAAUUACUACAACGGCAUUUACAGAUUGAAAGGAGACUUACUAAUGUGAAAAUCGAAUCGGAAGAAAUAUGGAAAACUUUAGAAUCGACAGAAAAAGCUGUUUCUGAGCGCUUUGUAGAAGCGAUGACUGGUUCGAUUGCUAGUAUCGAACUUUCUAAUGCUGUUUCACGUGAAGAUUGUAAUGAGGGGAAUAUCUGUAAUCUUAGAGAUAGAAUAAAUAUCAAUGAAUUAUACGAUUUUUAUCUUGGAAAAUUCAGUCACUAUAUGCUGAAUAGUAAUUUAAUUGAACGCCUGGAAGCUCGAGCAAAUGGAAUAGCUUCAGCAUUGAACGAGUAUUCUACCAAGAAAUUCGAUGGCAUUACUUCUUCUGCUCCUGUCUCAUUCGUCGAUUCCUUCAAUCAAGAUGGAGAUGAAACUGAAAGUUUUCCUCCAACUCGUACUCGUACUAAAAAGCGAAUUGGCAGUGGUUUACUGUGUGAUGCAGUUAGGCGGCCAAAACUUUUUGGUGGUAGUUUAGAUGAAUAUGUUGAAGCUACUGCGGAAGCAAUACCUCAAGUUAUAAUAUCAACUAUACGUGUGCUGUCACAGUUUGCCCUUCAUCAUCAAGGAUUAUUUCGUAUCUCAGGCUCACAAAUUGAAAUCAAUACAUUCCGAGAAGCAUUUGAAAAAGGUGAAGACCCCUUACGACAUGUUUUUGAUGCUACUGAUGUCAAUUCAAUAGCAGGUGUUCUGAAAUUGUAUUUACGGGAACUUCGCGAAUCUCUCUUUCCUAUAUUUCUUUUUGACCAAUUAACGGAGUGUGCAAAAUGUUCGAACGCUGAAGAGUUCGUGAAACAGGUUGUUCCGCUCAUCCAAAAACUUUCCCUACCAACGCAGUUGGUGUUGCGAUAUCUCUUUGCAUUUCUGAAUCACUUAAGUGAAUUUAGUGACGAAAACAUGAUGGAUCCUUAUAAUCUUGCCAUUUGCUUUGGGCCUACAUUGCUACCUAUACCAGAAGGAAAAGAUCAGGUAUUCUAUCACAACUUUGUAAAUGAGCUAGUUAAAAAUUUAAUCGUUUAUAACGAGCAAAUUUUCUCUCCAUUGUUGCCGGGUCCUCGAUAUGAGAAGUAUCUCGUUGAAUCUGAGCAAGCGCUUUUCAUUGAUGAACAAGAAAGUGCUGUUAGUGGAGAUGAAGAAACAAUAACAACACCACUUCUUGAUCAUUCCAACGAAAAGCUGUUAAAUGGGCUUGAUGCAUUUUCAACAACUCCCUCAUGGAAUGCUACAGAUUCUACUGUUGAGAUACUACGGGUUGCAGUAGAUAGUGUCGCAGGGAUAUCACAUAAUUCUAAAGGAAGCCCCGUCAUUUCAGAUUGUAGAAAUCCAUUAGAAUCUAUUUUUGGUGAUUCUUCACAAGAACAAAGCCAACAGCAAGUUUUAUCUCGUAGAGGAUGCGGUGUGAGUUCGUUGCGGGAACAGUUGCAUCAUAGCCGCACGCAACAGCAGGUGUCUACUAGUGAUAAAUUAUCACCAUCUUCAUCUUCAUUGGAUGCUAUAAUUUUUGAUAGUCGUAUGGAUGGGUCUACAUUUACCAGUAAAUUAUCAUCAAAUAAAAGCGAAAGUUUAAAAAAAAACGUGGUACCGUCUUCAUUUUGCAAAGAAAAGGCUUCAGUUUCGCCUAGACGUUUUCCAAACAGAGCACCUACCAAUAGGCAGAAAGAAAGAUUUUAUGAAAAGCUGAGGAAUAUGGAACCAGAUUUAGUACGCUCUCUGCCGCAUGGUGUCAUCGUAGCCCAAGUAGAACAGCCACAUGGGAAUGUGCAGUAG